CGCUACCCAGCAUGUUCCAAGUUUUUAAGUCGACCAACGACGGGCGUCACCGUUGCUCGCCCCCCCCCACUGCCGUUGCUAUCAUAGUAUGCCCACGUGCCAGCUUACUGCUUUGACUUGUGAAAUAUGGUGCUAUUCCUUGGAUGGCGACAACAGCAGGGUAUGUUAUUGCUGUGUCAUUGCAUCCAUUGCCAGUCACCUUGUUGCAUUCAGGCUGUCACUAUGAAUGUAAUGGCUGGUGCUUUGUGGUUGGUCAUCUUCUGUUUGGUAGGGGUUGUUACAUGUCAACUUCAUUUCUCUUGUACUCUGAUACAUACAUUCCUGUGUUUGUGAUGUUGUACCUGGGUUUGAAAUGCUGUUGCUAGCAGGGGGUUUGAGCCUCUGCUUGACCCAUGGUAUAUGCAAGGCAGGUCCUCUUUCUUUCCUCCAUUGCUGACACCAUUCCUGCCUGGAACAGUAUCAUGGCCAUUUGGAAGGAGAAGCUUGGACAUCUCUG